ACCACACAGAUUACCAUAUCCUCUCUUCCGUCAAUAUAGCAAAAUAGCCCCCAAUUUUUCAUACAAAUUCUAAAAACACUCUUUUCUCUUUCCCCAUACAGUUCACACUCUCCUCUGUCACUUUUUUCCUCCAUUUUUCAUACGCCCAUUUCCUCCCAAAUCCACAGGCAGAUCUGACCCUCGUCGAACCAGAUCGGACCCCUAGUUACACCGGCAAUGGAGGAGGCACUGGAAUUGGCACGUGCCAAGGACACGAAGGAGAGAAUGGCGGGCGUAGAACGACUGCACCAACUUCUCGAAGCUUCUCGAAAGAGCCUCUCUUCUUCGGAAGUCACUUCUCUUGUGGAUGUUUGCUUAGAUCUUCUGAAAGACAACAACUUUAGGGUUUCUCAGGGUGCCUUACAAUCGCUCGAUUCCGCCGCUGUACUCUCCGGUGAACACUUGAAGCUUCACUUCAAUGCACUUGUACCUGCCGUCGUUGAAAGAUUAGGCGAUUCGAAGCAGCCCGUUAGAGAUGCGGCUAGACGAUUGUUGCUUACUUUGAUGCAGGUUUCUUCACCAACUAUCAUUGUUGAGAGAGCAGGGUCUUAUGCUUGGAUGCACAAAAGCUUCAGAGUUCGAGAAGAAUUUGCUCGCACUGUUACAUCAGCAAUUGGUCUUUUUUCAGCAACUGAGCUGCCCCUUCAACGGGCCAUUCUUCCUCCUAUUCUGCAAAUGUUGAGUGAUCCUAAUCCUGGUGUUAGAGAUGCAGCCAUAUCAUGUAUUGAGGAGAUGUAUUCACAGGCUGGACCUCAGUUUCGUGAUGAGCUUCAGCGCCAUCAUCUUCCUACCAUGAUGCUAAAAGAUAUUAAUGCCAGACUAGAGAAGAUUGAGCCCAAAAAUCGAUUAGCAGAUGGAAUUCCAAGAAACUAUUCAGCUGCUGAGGUGAGACCCACUAGUCUUAAUCCCAAGAAAAGCAGCCCGAAGGCUAAAAGUUCAACAAGAGAGGUAUCUCUUUUUGGAGGGGAUGGUGAUAUUGCAGAAAAACCUGUCGAUCCAAUUAAAGUGUACUCAGAGAAGGAGCUGGUAAGGGAAUUUGAGAAGAUUGCUUCUACCCUUGUGCCAGAGAAGGAUUGGUCUGUCCGUAUCGCUGCUAUGCAAAGAAUUGAAGCUCUUGUUAUUGGAGGUGCAAUUGAUUUUCCUUGUUUCCGUGGACUUCUGAAGCAACUUGUUGUCCCUUUGAGCACACAGUUAUCUGACCGGAGAUCCACCAUUGUCAAACAGGCUUGCCAUUUGUUAAGCUUCUUAUCCCAAGAGCUUUUGGGAGAUUUUGAGGCGUGUGCCGAGAUGUUCAUUCCAGUUCUUUUCAAGCUUGUUGUGAUAACUGUUCUCGUAAUUGCAGAAUCUGCUGAUACCUGCAUAAAAACGAUGUUGCGCAACUGCAAAGUUGCUCGUGCACUUCCUCGAAUAGCUGAUUGUGCAAAGAAUGAUCGGAAUGCAGUCCUUCGUGCAAGAUGCUGUGAGUAUGCACUUCUAAUCCUGGAACAUUGGCCUGAUGCUUCUGAGAUACAACGUUCAGCAGAACUCUAUGAAGACCUUAUAAAGUGUUGUGUAGCAGAUGCAAUGGGUGAGGUACGAUCAAUUGCAAGAACUUUGUACAGAAUGUUUGCAAGAACUUGGCCUGAACGUUCCAGGCGUUUGUUUAUGUCCUUUGAUCCUGUUAUCCAAAGGAUCAUAAAUGAGGAAGAUGGUGGAACUCACAGACGACAUGCUUCACCUUCUGUUCGAGAGAGGAGUUCACACUUCUCACUUGCGCCUCAAACAUCUGCUUCGCAAAUUCCUGGUUAUGGAACAUCUGCAAUAGUGGCUAUGGAUAGAACUUCCAGUUUGCCUUCAGGCACGUCCCUCUCCUCUGGGCUACUCCUGUCACAAACAAAACCUGUGGGUACUGGCACAGAACGUAGCUUGGAAAGUGUACUUCAUGCCAGCAAACAGAAAGUUUCUGCUAUAGAAAGCUUGCUCAAAGGUCUGGAUAUAUCUGAGAGAAGUCGAUCCUCUAGUUUGGAUCUAGGAGUUGAC